AUGUUCCUCAACCCCAUCUUCGAAAGCAACCUAUUACUCCCCCGUCAACUCAACGAGGCAUACAAUGGCUGUUCAGGCGGUAUUGGCGACGGAGAGUGCCUCCCUUCCUCUCGAUGCCUUGGUAUAGUCUACUCAGAUCAAUGCCAAAGCGAUCCCACCGACUACACGUGCUGCCUCCACCGCCGCUGCACCGUCUCCGAAGGAACAGGCUACUGCCGCGACGCCUCGAACCAGACCUGCGAGGAGGGCGCCUAUUUCGCCGGCACAUCGUACCCCUGGCCCUGCCCCGGGCCGAAUAACAUCCAAUGCUGCGUGAAAUACACCAACAUGACGAACCACACAUCCGCAUCCUCGACUCGCGCAUCGACGGGGACAGCGACGCUCCCCAUCUCCAGUACAUCCACGAGUACACCCGCAAACACAAGCACAAGCACAAGCGCCGGCACAGGCAGCGAUUCAACUCAACCCCCGUCUCCCUCCGCACAACCACAAUCACAAUCUGGGAACGGCCUAUCCAGCUCGCAGGUCGGUGGCAUCGUCGGGGGCGUCCUCGCCGCCGCGGUGCUAGCCGGGCUCAUCGCGUUCAUCUUCCGGUUCCGACGGCGGCGUCGACGACUUGCGGCCGCGCAGGAGGCGGGAGAUCAACAACCGGCGCGGCGGGCUGGUGAGGAUGCUGCUGGUGGUGGUGCUGGUACUGCGGUCUCUACUGUGGGAUCGGCGACGCGAGAAGAGGACCAUGAUCCCGAGGGGAAGGGUGCUGCGGAGCUGGACGAGAAGGAGAUUCCCAUGCUGGGUGGGCGGAUGAGGCAGGAGAUGGAUGCGCAGGGGGAAGCGGCGGUGCAUGAGCUGGCGGUUCCGAUGGGUGGCAGCAAGGUGCUUGGGGCGGGUAGGCUGUCGGAGCUACCGGGGUCUAUGGGGAGGAUGGCCGAGUUGCCUGGUUCGGAGGUGGAUUACAAGCGAUGA